AUGGGAUUGGCAUUCAUCUUGUUCUCGAUGUCCUUCUUUCUGCCCGAAACUCCCAGAUGGCUCGCUCGAAAUGGUUUCAAGAAAGAGGCUCUCCAGACGGUGGCAGAUCUUCAUUCUGCUGGCGAUAUUAACGAUGAGAGCGUGCAACAUGUGUUCAUGGAAAUCCAACAAGCUGUCAAGUACGAGGCCACCAUGGGAAAAGCUACAUAUCGCUUCGCGCAGCUGAACGGAAUCAACGUCAUCUCAUUCUAUCUACCUUCCUCGCUCGCCGCAGCUGGUUUCGACAACAGACGAUCUCUUCUCUUCACUGGAGCCAAUGCACUUAUCUACACGGCUGCGACUGUCCCAGUUUGGUGGCUGGCCGACAGAUGGGGCAGACGACCACUUCUGAUUUUUGGAGGUAUAGCGAUGGCCAUUGCUCUGAGCAUCAUGUGUGUUUUCAACCAAGUCAAUGGAAUUACCGUCACUACUCGCGCAAAUGGUAUCUUCAGCUUCGUUGUCAUUUAUAACUCUCUCUACGGUGCCACAUGGGGACCGAUGCCUUGGCUCUUGCCAGCUGAGAUCUUCCCACUCCGAGCACGAAGCAAGGGAAUGGCUCUGGCUACAUUCUCAGAUUGCAAAGCCUGCGACAGGUGCAAAAGCCAGAAAAAACGCUGCGAUCUUGAGCGUCCAUGCCGCCAUUGCGUUCGUGCGCAGAAGGAAUGUAGGACACAGCCAUUGGAAACUGUUAAGAAGGUCCGGGCAAGAAGGCAAACAGAUACACCCACGCCAGCAUCACCCCUGCAAUCAAACAACCCUCCAAGACCAUUUUCACAACAGACGAGCGAAUCCACUCCCAGACAGACAGAUGCCGGUCAAGAUGAUAUGGUCUGGAGUGCACGAACAGCCUCGUCUGCAAGUGACAACCAAACUCCUCGGCCACCUCAGGCUCAAGUCCCGCGCGAGAAUUCUAGUCUACCUGGAUUCGAUGCCGACUCUGCCCUAGCAACAGCUCGAAAGAUCUUUGGGUCCCAAAAGUCACAAGCGUUCAGGGACCGAGCGACUUCUGCUAUUCCUGGAGGAGGAUGCCGGGAUACGAAUGGAACCAACAGCUCGAACAUUUUUCCUGUGCCGCUAAUCCCAGUUUUCGAUAUUAUUGGCAUUGAGCUUCCAGACCAUGAAGUCUGUAACAAGUUGUUGGAGACGUAUUUCUCAUCCGUCCAUUGGUUCUCGCUUGUGAUAUACGAACCAAAGUUCAGAGGCCGAUACACUGCUGUUGUGGGCAGUGGACUUGCCAGCCGCAGCGAUCAUGGAUUCUUGCUACUUUUGCUCAUGGUUCUGAUUAUGGGAUGUUGA